AUGAAUGCUGCAUCCGUCAUCUGGCAGGCGUUGAGAGGCUGCAUCCGUCUAUCUGGCAGACAAAUAGGCAACAAUAGUUCUGUAUCUUUACAGCCCUUUCCUUUAGAUGUGGUGAAAGCACUGUGUUGGGAAAACAUUACAGAGGGUCCGUUAGCACCAACAGGGCCCAUCAGCACCAACAGGAUCCAUCAGCACCAACAGGGCCCAUCAGCACCCAUCAGCACCAACAGGGCCCAUCAGCACCAACAGGACCCGUCGGCACCAACAGGACCCAUCGGCACCCAUCAGCACCAACAGGACCCAUCGGCACCAACAGGACCCAUCGGCACCAACAGGACCCAUCAGCACCCAUCAGCACCAACAGGACCCAUCGGCACCAACAGGACCCAUCGGCACCAACAGGACCCAUCGGCACCAACAGGACCCAUCGGCACCAACAGGACCCAUCGGCACCAACAGGACCCAUCGGAACCAACAGGACCCAUCGGCACCAACAGGAUCCAUUGGCACCAACAGGACCCAUCGGCACCAACAGGACCCAUCGGCACCAACAGGACCCAUCGGCACCAACAGGACCCAUCGGCACCAACAGGACCCAUCGGCACCAACAGGACCCAUCGGCACCAACAGGACCCAUCAGCACCAACAGGACCCAUCGGCACCCAUCAGCACCAACAGGACCCAUCGGCACCAACAGGAUCCAUCAGCACCAACAGGACCCAUCAGCACCCGUCAGCACCAACAGGACCCAUCGGCACCAACAGGACCCAUCAGCACCAACAGGGUACCAGUACCGAGUCAAUGUGCAGGGGUAUGAGGUAGUAACAUGGCUAUAUACAGGAAGUACCAGUACCGAGUCAAUGUGCAGGGAUAUGAGGUAGUAACAUGGCUAUAUACAGGAAGUACCAGUACCGAGUCAAUGUGCAGGGGUAUGAGGUAGUAACAUGGCUAUAUACAGGAAGUACCAGUACCGAGUCAAUGUGCAGGGGUAUGAGGUAGUAACAUGGCUAUAUACAGGAAGUACCAGUACCGAGUCAAUGUGCAGGGGUAUGAGGUAGUAACAUGGCUAUAUACAGGAAGUACCAGUACCGAGUCAAUGUGCAGGGGUAUGAGGUAGUAACAUGGCUAUAUACAGGAAGUACCAGUACCGAGUCAAUGUGCAGGGGUAUGAGGUAGUAACAUGGCUAUAUACAGGAAGUACCAGU